CGACCAUCCCUAGCGCUUUUACAGCCAUCCCGUGACAAUAAAUCCAAUUGAAAAAACAAACGGGAAAAUCGGGGAAAAGUGCUGGGAAAAUGUCACCCAAAAACAACCACGACCCCUCGUCGUCCGGGGACUCAGGCAGCGCCAAUGUCCAGGAGGCGGACCUCCGAGAGAUGGAGGACGUGAACAACAGCCUGGACGCCCUCAGCUGCGCCCUGGACGCCGUGGAGCAGCGCACGGACGACAUCAUGUCGCAGCUGCGGGAGCUGCUCAACUCGAACCGGGAGAUCCGCCGCCUGCUCGCCGAGGAGAAGGACCAGGCUCCGGAGUCGGCCGACGACAACAUGGACGGCCAGUCGGCCGACGGGAAUGCCUCCAAGUAG